UAUUGUGAAAGUAUUUUUCAUUUAUUUCCUAUUAUCAAAUUUUAUUGUGAAAGUCUUCCCCGGAAGCCACCUGUGGUCCUGCCUCUAGCUUGACCCUGGUGCUGAGCGGUGUUGGGAUUCAGUGUGGCAGCAGGAGAAAUCAGGGAAAUCUGGGAUAUCUGGGAACGGGGAGUCGGUAAAAACCGGGACUAAAACCGGCAGAAAUCCGGACGAAGCUUGGGCCGCCAUCCCGCGGGUCUCUCCCGGACACCUCCCUCCGUGUCCCCGCUGCUGGCUGCGUUUUUUUCUCCCACUAACCUCCCCGGAUCCGCACAGCUGACUGGUUCCUCCCUCUGAGCUGUUGGAGCUGGACUGAACAGAGAAACAGACCAAAGAUGGACCAGCUGUCAGACGAGGAGGUGGAGGUCAGGGGGGAGGAGGAGGAGGAGGAGGAGGACAGCGAUAAGGAGGAUCAGGACCUGGACAAGAUGUUUGGAGCAUGGCUGGGAGAGCUGGACAAACUCACACAGGUACACAAAAGUCUGGACGCCCCGGAGACGCCCCCACAGCAGCAGAAAGCCCCCCUGAGAGAGGAGACCAACAUGGCCAACUUCUCCUACAGAUUCUCCAUCUACAACAUCAACGAGGCUCUGAAUCAGGGUGAGAACGUGGACCUGGACGCCCUGAUGGCUGAUCUCUGCUCCAUUGAGCAGGAGCUCAGCACCAUCAACAGUAAAGCGUCCAGCAGCGGCAGCAGCAAGACGCGGCUCGGCCUCAGCGACGCCAUAGUACGUCAGAAGCCUCCGGCAGGGCGCAGCAGCCGGCAGCAGCCAGCAGGGGGCAGCAGCAGUAACAGUGUGGGCGGAGGGGGGGGCAGCAGCAGUAACAGUGUGGGCGGAGGGGGGGGCAGCAGCGGGGCGAGCAGCAGCAGCAGCAGCACCAGAGCGUCCCCCGCCGGCACCAUCAGGGCGCCCACAGGGCAUCAUGGGAGGCCGCCGCUGGCGUCCAACUUCAGCCUGGACGACAUCACGGCGCAGCUGGAGAAGGCGUCUCUCAGUAUGGAUGAAGCCGCCCGUCAGACGUCCUCUCACUCCCUCAGCUCCGCCUCCUCUUACACGUCGUCAGCCACAAUGCGGCGGCCUGGAUCGUCUCAGCGCCAACACCGGCGCACGGGAUCAGUGGGCACGGUCAGCGAGCACGAGGCACGCUCCAUCGUUCACUCCUCGCGCUCCUCCGUCACCUCGGCGUCCGGCGUGUCCGUUAACUCCGCCUCCUCCAUGGACUCGUUGGACAGCGUUCUCCGUAACGACUCGGACGGACAGCAGCCUUCAGUCCUGCACGCCGCCGGAGGAGCCGGUCCAGGUCACCCCCACACAGAGCACUCCUAUCUGGACAGGGAAACCUCUCUGAUUCUGAGAAACAUAGCAGGGAAACCUUCCCACCUGCUGACCAAGGAGGAGCAGGCGGCCAAGCUGAAGGCUGAAAACAUCCGAGUCGCCCUGGAGAAGAUCAAGGAGGCGCAGGUUAAAAAGCUGGUGAUUCGUGUCCAUCUGUCAGACGAGAGCUCCAAGACGAUGAUGGUGGACGAGAGACAGACAGUGAGACAGGUUUUGGACAGUUUGCUGGAGAAGUCUCACUGUGGUUACAGUCCAGACUGGUCUCUGGUGGAAACCAUCAACGAGCUGCAGAUGGAGAGGAUCUUUGAGGACCAUGAGAACCUGGUGGAGAACCUUCUGAACUGGACCAGAGACAGUCAGAACCGCCUGAUGUUCACAGAACGCAUCGAGAAGUACACUCUGUUCAAGAACCCCCAGAACUAUUUGUUGGGGCGGAAGGAGACGUGUGAGAUGGCUGAGAGGAACAAAGAGGCUCUGUUGGAGGAGUGUUUUGGCGGCAGCUCCGUGUCCGUGCCAGAGAUGGAGGGCGUGCUGUGGCUGAAGGAGGACGGGAAGAAGUCGUGGAAGAAGCGCUACUUCCUGCUGAGAGCUUCUGGUAUUUACUACGUCCCCAAAGGAAAGGCCAAGGCGUCCAGAGACCUGGUGUGUUUCCUGCAGCUGGAUCAUGUUAAUGUUUAUCACGGCCAGGACUACAAGAGCAAGUACAAGGCUCCCACUGACUACUGCAUGGUGCUCAAGCACCCUCAGAUCCAGAAGAAGUCUCAGUACAUUAAGUACCUUUGCUGUGAUGAUGUCAGAACUCUCCAACAAUGGAUCAACAGUAUUCGGAUUGCCAAGUAUGGGAAGCAGCUGUACAUCAACUUCCAGGAGGCCAUGAGGAGGACAGAAGCGGCCUAUGACUGGUCCUCCCUGUCCUCCUCCUCCAUCAAGUCGGGAUCCAGCUCCUCCAGCCUUCCAGAGUCCCAGUCUAACCACUCCAGCCAAUCAGACAGCGGUGUGUCAGAGAUGACAUCAUCUGGCCACACCCGCUCCCAGAGCGUCGUCAGCUCCAUCUUCUCCGACGCCUGGAGGAGAGGAACACAAGGAGAGAUGAUGAGGAUCGACCCUAUCAGUAGGCCGAUCCCGGUCCAGAUCCUGUCCCCGCAGCCCGUGACCCCGCCCAGGACCAGCUACACUGACGGCCUCCUCCCGUCUGACGACUCCUCUCCGUCACCGCCCUCGCCUCCUCCACCUCCGCCUCCUCCGCCCGUCAUGAGCGUAGCCCAUCAGCCUCCGUCUGCUCCGUCAUACGUCAAGUACAGCACGCUGGCCCGGCUGCAGAGCCAGAACCAGACCAGGGCGCUGUCGGUCGGAGCCGCCCCGCCUGCGCUCCCCGUCCAGUCCACCAAGUCCAACUACAACACGCUCCCAGCUGCUUACGGCUCCUCCGCUCUGCUGCCACCAUCGCCGCCUCCUCCUCCUCCGCCCACAGCUCCGGCUCCUGGUUCAGCCAUGGCCGCGCUAAAAUACGGUCCACCGAGCCCCUCUGCCCUCCCACCACCACCCACACAGGAGGAGGAUGUGCAGGAGCCUUCCUACCUCCCGCCUCCUCCACCGGAGAGCCUGGAGGCCAAUGGUUUACCUCCGCCUCCUCCUCUGGACCUCAGCUCCUGCACCCAGCUCUCCAACAGUGGCCUCCAGCAGUUCUUGUCACAGAAGUUUCCAAACAUGGUGUACGACUUCACCCCAGAUAUGGAAGAAGAUAACUCUCCUCCUCCUCCACCUCCCACUGAGCUGUCUCCUCCAACUUCCCUGCAAAUCCUCCGACCACUGUCCCCCAAUGCGCCCCCGCCUGCACCUCCCAAAACCUUCACUGGGGGGUUUCCACCUCAAACUGCUCCCAAACCCUCGGGUCCUUCCUCCCUUCCGAUCGCCCUCUCUCCUGUGUCGCCCACACCGCCCUUUGGAAGCCACGGGCCGGUUAAAAAGCAGCAGAGCUUCUCGACAGGACACUCCCCCAACCAGCCUCCUCCCACUCUGCCAAAGCAGCACAGCCUCUCCUCCAAAAGCCUCUCCGUCUCUCCCUCUGCCUCCUCCGCCUCGGUCUCCAUCGCGGCCGCUACCUCCUCUUUGGUCAAACAGAUCGUCAAUCAAUUCCCAGGAAACUCCACCCCUUCCUCUCUGCCGGCCUCCAACUCCAUGGAGGGGUCAAAAUUUGCUCCUCCUCAGUCUCCUCCGGCAGUCAAAGCCAAGCCAAAGUGGCAGCCAGGAGGCGUCAUGGCUCCACAGAGCCCAGAGUUCCCCCCGCCUCCUCCUGACAGCUCAAUGGGCGAUUUCCCUCCUCCUCCCUCCUCCAAAACGGGCUCUCCUAUAAAGAAGUCACCCUCCACCUCGUCCACAGGCUCCUCCAAGCGCGGGCCUCCACCAACCCCGCAGAGAGCCUCCUCCAUCCGGGGUGAGACCCAGGAAGAGAGGCCAAAGAAGGUGGAGAGUCUGGUCAACAAGUUCGGCCAAGCUUCCCAAACGGGGACGUCGUCCAGCUCCUCAUCAGCGACCGGCUCUCCCUCUAAAGAUUCCUCUGCGCUUCCCGCUCCGCUCCCAAAGCCAGGGAAGCUGAACUUGGCGAACCUCCCGUUGGCGCUCCAGGGGCUGCAGACAGGUCAGCACCACCAGAGCGCCGAGUUCCCGUCCCCUCCUCCCCCACCUCCCCCCGCCCAGCCCGCUCACCUCGACUCACCCGACUACUUCCCACCUCCCCCCAGUGACUUUGAGCUCUUCCCUCCUCCUCCCCACCCGGCGGACUUCCACCACCCCCCGAAGGUGGCGGUGGUGAACCCGCAGCCUCAGAUGCAGCCGACUCAACACUCGGCGGCGUCUUUGUCGUCGUCUUCAUGGAAACAAAGCUCGCUGAAAAAGGGGGCGAUCCUUCCUCCGUCACUGAACCGGCGGACCAGCAACCAGUACGACAACACGACUUCAGCGCCCCUCUCGCCUCCUCCUCUGUCCCAGACCCCGCCUCCCUCCCUGUCCUCUUACUCUACUUCCUCCUCCUCUCCCAUCCCCCCCACCUCCCCGAAAUCCCCUGGCCCGAGCUCCCUCACACUAAAGCCCCACUUCCUAGAAGACCUCAACCGCACUCUUAAGAGGAAGUCGGUGUCCCGCCAUGGCUCCCUCACGUCCUCCCACCUCAUCCCCUCCUCUAAGAUGGAGCCGGUGGGCACCAUGGACGACAUGGCGCUCCUUCCGCCUCCGCCCCCCGAGCUCCUGCAGCAGCAGCAGCAGGGAGUCCGAGGACACUCCCAAACUCUGUCCCGCCACCACUCCCACUCCCACUCCACCAAACAUGCCAACAUCUCAGGCUAUGCAACGCUGCGGCGAGGCCCGCCUCCCGCUCCUCCAAAACGGGACCAAAGCACCAAACUGACCAGUGACUGGUAGGGAGCGAGGACACUGGGUGGAGCCUAAAGAACUGAACUGACUGUUUAGGUCUCAAGAAAUAAUCAAUGUCUGUCUUGACUUGUCCGUCUCUUCCUCAUCCUGAAACCAUCCACCCUUUGGAAUCCGAGCAAGUAGCAAGCCGUCUUUCCUACUCUUAAUCUCAGAUUAUGAUUGUUCCUAUUAUCCUCAUUAUUACGAUCAUUACCGAUACAUGUUUAACCCAAUGACAUGAGUAAAAAUAUAUAUAUAUGUAUAUAUAUAUAUCUGUAUACAAGCAAGCCAGAAAAAUCACCUAUCAAGCUUUUUUCACAAUGUCUGUGCAGCUUUGCAUUGAAAUAUACAAAAGACAAGACUUGAACGACAACAGCAACAGAGACGAUUUGCUGCACAAUAACUGGUACUGCAUGGAGCCGGACGGACGGACGGACGGAGCGAUGCUGAUGAAGGAGCGAGCGAUCAAUGGAAGGAAGCAAAGUGUGAUGAUGUGUAUAGAUGUGUAUGUUGUGAUCUGGGGGGCGUGGGUGGGGGGGUGGGGGGAGCAUUGCCAUUUAUUUCAAACUUUUUGUGUGUGUUUUUAUAUAAGAUUAUUUAAUACUGGAAAGAUAUUAUUAUUAUAAUUAUUUUAAGUUUUUAAGAAGUGUCAAAAAAGAAUGACUGGACAUGGGUCUGAAUUCUCAAAAUAUGUCAAAUAAGUGUUUAUAUUUGGAUCAUUUCCUCGAAUCAUGUUUCUUUAACUUUUAGAUCUUUGUGGCUGGUUGGUGGCUCCCACAGGACUUUUGCACAAUGAUGGAACAGAUACUGGGCGAGGCUGAGCUCAGAUUACAGGAGUUCGAAGUCACAUUAAGUCAGAAUAUUCCCUUGUCUUUGUGAAGCUGGACAGGACAGUGUUAGCACUCCAGUUGGGUCGGUGUAAACAUUUUAAAUAUGAAUAUAAUAAUAUAAAAAUGGAGGACCGGGCUGUUAUACAGAAUUUAACCACUAGGUGUCGCUCAUGACUAAGCAGCCACUGUGAGUGGAACAUAAUGAGACUGAGAGACUUAAGUUUUUUUUUACGUUGAUAAAUUCACAUAAAUAUAAAUAUUUAACUGAUUACUAAGAUCAAGGUCAUUUUGUUUCUUUUUCAGUACUUUUUUCAAGCAGUGCAAGCAUUUUCACAGUUUUGUUAAUGGGUGAUGACCACCGUUACCAAAACAGGAAAAAAACAAAAGAAAGAAAGCUGUUCAUUUAAUAACUAAAAUAAGGAAUAUUCUUUUAUUUUAUUACCUCAAAAUUUUAGACAUCCCUUAAAAAAGUAAGACAUCUUUGAGAUAUUCUUGCGAUGAUGGAUGGCGUCAUCCUCCCAGACGGAUGAAAUGAAAACAUUAUAAAAUGGGCUGUCUGAUGCACCUGGGCGGUCAGCUAAAGUCUCUGUAACUCUGUAUUAGAUUGGUUUUGGCGCUGGAUUCUGUCAGUACAGGUUUCUAACGUUGUCUGCUGUUUAAAUUGGCAGGACUAAAUCAAACCGAACAUGGACCCAACUCUAAAUUGCACAUUUCGACCUGUUUCUUCCUCACCCCAUGAGUCCAAAAAAUCCAUCCAGGUCUGAAUAAACCAGCCCUGCAGACGCUCCUUUAACCUGAGCUCAGCCUGAACAAGUCAGUCGAACAGAUUUGGACACAUUUUGGGGGACAGAUUAACGUGAAUAAUGAAGUCUGUCUGGAAGCUGGUAGUUAAUAAAUCCGUCACUUGUU